UGGAAUUUUCAUACCAGAAAUCAGAAAAAAGUGAAGUAACAAAAGACGAAGAAAAAAUAAAUAAAUUUUUGUGUGAUAUUUUUUGCUAUAAGCAUUUAAUUAAUCAGACAUAAAAGACGGCUAGGAAAAUAUAAAACGUAUAAAACGUAAAAGAAUUCUUUCAUCAAUGACAUUAUGGCCGCGGAGCAGCGAAUUUUAAAACAAGAUGGUUACUUGGAUGUAGGCUCUAUGAGUAGAGGUGGUCUUGUAUCCAUGGAAAGCGGUACGGAUGUCAAAUCGCACGCAUCGAGCACAAGUUCCAUAAAUGAUGGGAGAGCAGUUCAGACAACCAGUAUAGUUUAUCAUCCCAAUCUAAAUGUUAUACUUGUGUUCGAUAGUAUCAAUCAAAUCAAAGUUCUCGAUGUGCACUCCGGUGUCAUAUUGCAGACUUAUCAUCUUGGAAAUGAUACAAACAAAAAAAUACAUGGUUAUUUUAUGCCAUUGCAAGAAAAGAUUAUCAUAACAGAUGGUCAUGUUAUCGGUUUUCGGGGAGACUACAAUGGAGUCUUACUAUUAGAUACAGUUUUACAAACACCAAUUCCACAUAAUGAUGACCCAAUACGAAUUGAAAUGCUACUGUCAGAAGCUGUAUUAUUUCAAACAUGUCUUAAAGAAUUAGAAGAAGACCUUGAGUGCCCUAACGAUUUGUUAAAUGAGCUAAUGGAAAAAAUUAAAAAUGCCCAAUCGAACUCGAAAAAGGGUAUCAAAGCUCAAAGGUGGAAUACAAUUUGUCUACAAGUUCCAUAUUCUAGCCUUAAAUUGGUGGCUAACAAUUUGGUUAUAAUGCUCAAACGUCUCGAAAGACAUGUACCGGCACUGGCCAUUGCAUCGGCAAUUAAUGAACGUUUGACGGAUUUGCUUGCUGGCGCACGUUUACGUGACAUCAAUUGGCAUUGUAAUAAUUUUCAGCGUGUUCUCAUGCACUCGGAGGCGGUGCGUAGGCAAACAUUUGAAAAAUGGCCCCAUAUGGACUACAAAUGGGCUCUGCCUGAUCAGAUGGCUCAAGCUGGUUUCUAUCAUCAGCCCUCGUCAUCAGGAGAGGACAGAGCUAUGUGUUUUACUUGUAAUGUGUGCCUGGUUUGCUGGGAAAAAACUGAUGAACCCUGGAGUGAACAUGAACGCCAUUCGCCAAUGUGUCCAUUUGUCAAAGGUGAAUACACCCAAAAUGUCCCUUUAGCUGUUACAUAUGCUACAAAUCCCGGAGUAUUGGUUCCUGGCACACAAGGAUUCGAUGUAAUUUCAAACAGUGACUACGCUAAUGUAUUGUGCACCAGUUGCACCCAAACUGGAGAUAUAACAAUUUGGAGCAUUGAACGGCACCUAAAGCAGUUGCACUCUUUUAAUAUCGCUUCUUUAAUGAAGGACAUUCUGUGCUGUAAUAACAACAGUAGUGACAGUACUUCAGAGUGUUCAGAAAGUUCAUAUGAAUGGGUUCGUGUUACAUCAAUUUGUGCCUUGCCAAAUGCCAGAGCACAAAGCAAAAUAUUCUCUAUGAAUUCCGCACAAGCAGGCUCUAGCAGUUUAGGCUCUGCAGCCACUACUGCGGGAACUUUACUUCCGCCAUCAAUAUCACCUUGUACAUCAACCUCAACUAUUCGUGCUGGGGUCGUAGGAUCUAAGAUCAUUUUGGGCCUAAGUACAAAAAAAACCACAGGCGAACACAUGUUGCUGAUGGUAAUUUUAAAAAUAGUUGAAAGUGAUCACCCAAAUGAAAAUUUAAAAAUUAAAAAUGAAAGUUCGAUUGAGAAUGCUACUGCAACAAUUUCUGGUGAUAAUAAUGAUACAGCAGCAUCUAAUAAUCUAAAAGGUGAAAGCGACACAUCGCAUGCCAAAGAAGUGUCAUUGAUGAAAACAUUUAAUAAACAUGGCGAGAAAUCACAUUCAUUAGUAUUUGAGAAAUAUGCCGAUGGUUUCGAUAGCAACGGUUUUGCAAAUGAUAUAAUGGCACCACCAAAACCAGAUGUUAAUGCAGUAAUGCCCGGUGGUAAAUCAGAUUCACCAAUGGAAUACAAUGAUGCUUAUCUGGAAGCGGAAUUUAAAAAGAUGGCUGAUCAAUUUGUUGAUUUAAGCAGUCUUUUCGACUACGAUUACGGCCAGCCUCUAGAUAGUAGUUCGUUAGCUGGUGAUGAGGGCGGUGGAGGUGGUGGAGGAGCUGGUAACGUUGGCCCAAGUGCUGGUACCGAUGACGUGGAAAUGGAUACCAGUUACUUUAAAGAAAACCUUCUUUCUGCAGCUAAAGCAGCCCAAAAGAAUAAAAAUAUAAAUAAAAACUUUAACAGCAAAACAACCAAUUCACCAAACCCGGAGACUGGAGGAAUUUCCAAGGUUAACUAUAGUGAAGAUAUUGACUGCAUUGUCGAGAGCUGCACAAUUCUAAAGCGUAUGAAUGCCUUAAAUGAUGGAAAUUUACCAAAUGGAAGUGAAGAACUUGUGGAAAUAUCAGAUAUUAUUCCAACAAAUAGUAAUUGUAGUCAGUUAUUGGUUAAAUUAUUAAAGACAAAAGCAUCAAAGGUAGCAACGACUAGCAAGAUAAUAAUGGCUAAUGUAUCUACUGAUGCUGAUAGUGACAAUGAUGGAGAAGAUGAUGAAAAUAACGAGGAGAGUAAUAAUGAAUAUAAGAGAAGUCAUUCUCGUACUAUGGCUAAAAAAUCAGUUGGUGGUCAGUUGUUGCUCUUUGAUUGCAUUGAUGGUGCAAUUCCCAAUGAACAUAAAAAAGCUAUAACAUUCAGUAGAGCAAAGUGCCCUAAAGAUAUCUGUAUUUUGCCAAAUUUUCAGUACCUGGGCGAUGUUUCUCAAUCGGCCAUUGACGAAUGCAACAAUGGUGAAUGUUCUGGUGCAUUUUCUGUGGUUUGUGCUGAUGGCAGUAUCGAAUUAUUUUCAUUGAGUAACUUUCAACGUAUCAGCAGCAUAAAAGAGGAACAGCACCAUUUUAUUGCCGUUACAUAUUGUCGCAGUUUGGAACGUUUAUGUUGUUGUACUCAGGAUGGGGCUUUGAUUUUUUAUUCUCUUAAUGAUUCGGAUGAGUCAGGAGACGAAAUGAUUGACAUGGAAGAGGAAAGCUGUACUGGCAUUACGUCAAACGAAAGCUGCGCUGAACUUUGUGUAACCGAUGGAGGUAAUUCGAAUCCACAACAUGGAACCAAUGUAUCAUCUAUAGUCGAUGAAGAUUUAGCACAAUCUAAUUCCGUACAAUUCCCAUUUUACACAAAUAUAAAAAUUGACUGUGGAUCUAACCAAACCUCAAAUUCUGGAGGAGGAGUGCCAGCAUCGCCAUCUCCAUCGUCUAUGACUGUUAACCCAGCGGCCUCAAAUUUACUGGCUUAUCGUUGUGGAGAUCUGACAUUAGAUGAUUUGCGAUCAUUAUAUGCUCUUACUCUUUUUGACGAAAAGUCAAUACCAUACACAGCCGAAGUACCCAGUUGUUGGAACAACUUAGUGCAAGCUCAAAAGCAACGAAAACAAUCGCAGCAUACUUGGCGUCUACACAAUGAUGCAACGACAUGGGAUGAGCAUAUAAUCGAAAUAAAUUUGUUGCAACCUGCGACUUUGGGGCACAUUGAUUUAAAGUUUUCGUUAUAUCAACCUUGCCACAAUCCGGCAGCAAUACAAGUAACACUUUUGAAGCAGAAUACCAGUGGAUUCGGCUACAGAAUGAAGGGUCCACACUCCAGUUUUAAGCAUCAGUCUAUGGAAGAUGGCGGAAAUACGGAUAUUCCUUCCAGUAGCAGUAAUAAUAAUGACGGCAACAAUGAAAAUCCAGUUUUAAAUGAAGAGUUCUUACAGACGCACAAUGCUGAAAUUUUAGCUGGUCCAAUAGAACUUUCAUCGUGUAUAGAUUUGUGUGAUCAAGGUGGCACAGUUAUUUUAACAUCGCCAAAACUUUACAAAACUCGUACUAGAAAUUUCCUGUUGCAUAUCAAAACGAUGGCAGAUCCUUCAAAAGAAGGUCAGUGUAAGACGCGCGGAUGUGACUGGUUACAUGAAAUUUCGAUAUACGUGCGGGGUGUUAAACCACAAGUGCAAAUUCCAAACGAGCGUUUACAACGUAUUGCUAUGUUGGAAAGCAAUCAAUUACUAGAUAUUCUUUUCAAAGUCAUCAGUAAAGCGGAGUCCUCGACAUUGGAAAAAAAUUAUGCACUCGAUAUUCUAAUAUGGAUUUGUUGUAUUCGCUUAAAAAGAUUCCGUUCCCCGAAAUCAGAGCGAUGUAAAGGCCAACCAGUAUUGGCACAACAGCUAGAGUGCAUCAGUCUUACUGAGAAAUAUUUGGAAAACAUACUACGUUACUGUAUUAUUCACAGCAGCCGCAGUAUGGCACACAAAUGCGUCAAAUUAAUUCUAGUUUUAACAGACGGUUUUUGCAAUUUACCAUUAACCAUUAAACCGUCUUCGAAGUUAGAUACCGCAUUAAGGGAUGCCAUCUAUAAGACAUUCAAUGAACUUCCAUUGGCUAAACAUGCUAGUGUUGUUCGUUGGUAUGUGAUGCUGGCAUGUAUUACUUCGUCUAACAAAACCUAUAAUAGUAUAUCGGAAAUGUGUGUGAAGCUACUAAUGGAUAUUUCAGAGGAAAUCAACAGAAGAUGGGAUCCUUAUGGUGCCCUCAUCGGAACAAGGUUUGGUUUGUAUGGCUUUCCUUUUGAGCCGGACAUUUUUGAUUACGAUUUGCCGAAUGUCAACAAAAACAACGUUAAUUUUACGUCAACAUUAAUGAAUAUUAUACGUAAUAAUGCCGGCCUUGUCCAGGCAGCAGGAAUAGACAUAAAGAAAUUAUGUUCAAUAGAUGGCGUUGAUUUUAGAACUUUUCCACACUUGAUUAAGUGUAAAAGUGUAAGUAAUCAAUUGCGUGGUCUACUGGAAGUCGAACAGCUCCACUUUACUUGUGCUGCAACCUCAGAAUCAACCCGAAUUGAUAAUAUGGAUACAGUUUCCGCAAACACUAGCUCCAGCAAUGUUAAUAUGGAUGAUCUUUUAAUUGCUCCAAUGGUGGCAGAAGCAGUUGAUCAAAUAUAUUCAAAGUCUGACAAGAUGAAUGAUAUCCUUAACAACGUUAAAAAUAAUGUCAAUAAUAUUGUCGAUAAGAUCAAAUUAGAAAAGAAAUUGGAUGUCAACGAAAGCUUUGUUUUAAAGCCGAAUGGAAUAGGACCUAUUGAUUCGGAUCAGUGUGUUGAAACGGGUAUAUCAAAUAAAAGUGAACCUAUGAAUGAAGAGAAGGUUAAAUUAAAGACAUUGCCAAAGAUCAAGUUUAUUUGUGAGUAUAUAGAUCAACAAUUGGGAGGACCAGAAAAAACAUCAAAAGAUGGCAAUGCAAAUGAAAAAGAAAAUAAAGUACGUGUGCCUUCGGGAAGCACUGCUAAUGGAGGAGUCUGUGGCGAAAAUGCUUCCGCUAAUGCUCCAAAUAUUUUCACGUGGCACAAAUUGUUAUCUCCACCACCAAAACAAAUGGUUGUCAUUGAUCGAAUGCACUCGGGAGCGAGGCGUUUUGUUGUACUUGACUUUGGCUCACCCAUUCUUUUAACAGAUCUUAUAAUACCAGCAUGUGACGAGUUGGCUUCUCUGCACAUCGAUAUUUGGUGCUUUGAUGAAGAGACAGACUGUGUUCGUUUGGUGGUAGCUCCCGAUAUCGGAACAAAGACUUUAGUUUUAAGUGAUUUGUUGCCGCCACCAAUUUGUCGUUAUAUGAAAAUUACAAUAAUGGGACGCGUCGGUAUGUCAUCAACAAAAUGUAAAAUUCCACUCGGUUCGUUUUUUGGACAUAUAGUAGUUUUGGAAUCGGAUGGCUAUGGUGAUAUUCUUCUAGAUUAUGUUAAUAGCCAGUCUCAGAAUAUUCCAGCUCAAAUAAAGGCCUUACAAUCGUUACACGAAGAUGUUCAUUGCCGUUAUAGCCUAGCAAGCUGCAAGCUGUUGGACCUGCUAACACCGCUUCUAAAUGCAGACGUAUCAAAUGUAGCCCACAUGCAGGCAUUUAUUAACAAACAACGUACUGAAGACGAUACAUCUUACAACUUGGAGAGCGGAAAAAUUACAUCUAUAUAUGAGGAAUGCAUAGUGCUUCAGCAUGAAAUUAAUGUUAUACGGAAUGUUAUUAUCAGACUAGAAUCUUCCAUUAAGGUUAAUAACUCAUAUACUUCAAUGGAUCCAUCACAAGCAUUACGCAUGUCAUCACGGGACAAAUUGCGAGUUCUUGGGCAGGCUUUGAUAGAAAUUCUAUUAAACUUUUCCAUAGAGUUUAGCUUUAAGGAUAUGUUAACUAUGCAACAGUUAUUCACAGCCGAUGUAGCAAAUAUGCUAUUCAAUUCGUUUGUUGUUUAUGGAGACGCUCACAUUCAAUUGGCAACAUGUUCUUUGCUAGUUCGCAUGUGCUGCGUUCAAAAUUGGUGGGGUGAUUUUCUCACAAAUAUAUUUUGUAACUUAUUUUCUUCACAGAACAGCAAAAUAUUUCCACAGGAUCGUAUAUUCUUCCUACUGACUUAUUUGGGAAGACGAAGUAUUUCUAUGGGAAAUUGUCGGUCUAUAGUAAUUGAUUCUGUGUUGAAAACAUUGGCCAAGCUGUUGGCUCCAAUUUCUCCUCGAUAUCAAGAAGCCACUGGGGGAGGCUUUAGUAUGCCCGGCAAUGAAUCUGACACUAGCAACUUGUGUUCUAAAUCCGAUUUGCAACUAAUAACAUGGCUGCUCUUAUUCCUUUCAGUUUGUCUGGAUGAUCGCAAAGAUAAAUCCGCUAAUAGAUGGGAUUUUAUGAGCUGUGAAACAGACUUUGCUAAAACUCGUGGUCAAUCUUCGAACAGUUCGGGAAAGCAAUUGCGCUGUUUUAAAAAGAGAAUUAUCCAGCAAAAUAAAUACAGCGUUCAACCAUACACUGAUUGGGGCAAGAAAAUCUAUAUGAUACAGAAUGAACAUCCUGGUAUUUUCAUGGAACUUACUGGUAAACCAAAGUCAUCAAGCAAAACUAACAAAAAUACUAUAUUACCAAAACUUCCAAAAGACGUUAACCAGGAAUCUGAAAAUAAUUUCGAUAAAGGUCUCAAGAACAUUCGUCUUAAUAAUAUUAUGAUUGUCAUACGAGGUUUAAUUGCGCUGCUUCUUGAAAUGGAUUUCACGUGCAAUAUGGACCAAUUUUUGCUUACAUGCAAAGUAAUUGCACGUCUCGUGUCGGCAUGUAGACCUGCGGUUCAGUUAUCAAAGAUCAUAACUGUAAAUCAAUUAGAACACCUGAUUCGUAUGGCUGUGUGGAAUGAUCAACAGCAACCAUGGGCUGUUCAUGCUAUUACUUGCUUAUUACAGGACUUGUUGGAUGCAGAUAGGCAUUUUAAAGAUAACGAUGCUACUCCCACAAAUGAUGGUAUACGUCCAUUGGACAGUAUUCAGGAAACAAAAGAUUUAUUUGCAGCAUAUACAUCGUUGUACAUGCCACAAUCUGGGUCUACACAAACAUCAAGCAACGAUAUGCAAUAUUCGGAUGGAGUGAAAUACCCAUAUUUACCGUCACUAAUUGAAUGUGAAGAUACUGAGUUCGACGAGAUUUUAAACGACAUUGAUAUUAUUGAGCGAAACAAAGCAGUGCCAAAGAAAGAUAACAAUAACAUGAAUAAAAAUACCGUUAACUACUUUUGUAAAUCGAUAUCAAGUGCAAUGGACUCACGCUUAGAUAUCGGCCUUGAUUUAAAUGUUGAAACGGACUUACGACGCAUUACUAUGGUCUCAUCUCUGGAUAUGUACUCAUCAUUGCCUCAAAUAGCAGCGAGUGAAUUCAAAACUGCCUCGCCAGAAGUUGCCGUUUGGCCCGACUAUGUUACUGAUAUUUGGUCUGGUCCAGAAUACAAUUGUGGCGUAAAUACGUACAACAUGUUUAAAAGCGUCUUUGAUUGCAUACUUGCUGACUUGCAUUUAGAAGAAACUUGGGUGCAUCUGGAACAAGUUUUGCAGAUGUGGUUAACUCUAAAUAGUGAGCUUGCUGAUAAGUCAUACAAUUCUGGUAUCUCAAACAGCGAAGUCCCAAAAAUACCAUUUGGCGCAAAUGCUAUUCAAGGACUUUUAUUAGCUUUGGCUUGGUACAAUGAUGUAAAACUCCGUACAUGGUGCUUGGGUUUCCAGUGUCUCCUGUUAGCGUGCAACUCUCAAACAUUUUGUCAGGAGGAGGAAGAUCGUACUCGUAUAAAUGAAGUCAUUAUUAACGAUGAGAACUUUGAGAAAAUGUUGCUAAGAUUUUUCUCCGGCUAUGGCAUGAGCUCAGUUAUUAUCACUAAUCGAUGUGCUGGACCUACAAUAUGUAAACAUUUGCAUGAACUUUUACAUUGGCUACAUCGAAAAGGCGAGUCUGCUGAUGGUGUCAUAUCCUGCAAACGAAAACUUAAAGAUACACUUUUACAUGUGAUUCUCCAACUAGUUCAACCUGGUGGAGCAAUAAGCAAUCAAUUAGGUCCAAUAGAUGCACAAAGCCAAUUAGUGCGUGACUUAUUAAUAAUGCCUAAUGAUAAGGCGGAUCUAAAUAUUUCAUUGAAUAUUAUAGAGUGUGUUUCAUUUUUGGUCUUUAACAAUAUUUCUAAUGGCGAUAAAAUCCAGUGUCAACGAACAUCCGAUACCAACAAUGCCAGUAAUUCAUUUAGUAGUUUGUUUGCCAAUGUUUUAGGAUCCGACCACACUAAGCAAAAUUGUCCGAUAUCUGAUAAUUCUCUUAUUAUAAGCCUACUUAAACUUUGCUCAUCUUUGAUACAAACAGAACUGCCACGACAACUAACAGAUGUCGCCAUUCCUGAAGAGGAAGAACUUACGAACAUUUGCCAAACUGACGAAACUAAAGCUGAACAAUUAAAUAUUGACGGCCAUCGUGUUAAGACGCCAUGUAUAGCUGAUACAGUUCUGCGUCAUUUUCCAACUAUGAAGCGUUUAUUAGGUUCUUUAUCUCAUUGUUCAAGUACAUCAUUUACCCUAAUGGUGUCAUCUGCUCUAUACAGUGUUAAGCCAGCAGAUUCAACAUUUUUGCUGGACGAACCACAAACUACGGCUGAUGCAGUUUUUAACAUGCUUAUAACUUUGUGUGAAAAAGCGUCAAAUUCCCGUUUAAUUGUAGCUCCCAUAUGCCAAUAUUUGGAAGCGUGUACAUCUCAGCGUAUAUCACUACCACGUUUGCAUUUGUCUGAACCAUUGUUGUGGUACAUAUCUAAAGUCCUUGAAGUUUCAUCAGCUGUACAAAUAUUUACGCAGUUGGGAGGCAUUGAAAUUAUAUGUAAAAAUUUAGUGAGACUAAACAAAAUUCUAAUAAAUGUUCAGCCCGGUUUGAUUUCAAUGAUAAUGCAGCAUAUGACAAGAAAUACGAAAGUUAAGUUGGUUACGCAAGCGUGUUCGAAUGGAAAUGGAAAGAAAUCAUCGAGUUCAAGUCAAAAUCAUCGGUUCUUGCAAGAUGGUUUAAUCAAUUUUGCCCCAUUCUGCACAAUUUCGGCCGAAAAUGAUACUGCUCAAUCGGCAGAUAUUCUUAUUAUGAAUCCCGUGGCAUCACAUCGACGACCACGUACACCAGCUUGGAGCUACAUGUUUUAUCCCAAUGAAUCACAUGCAGAUCUCACAAUAACUUUACCCACGGCUAUUUUGUUACGUGAGGUACAACUUCAACCUCAUGCUCCUACACUGGCUUCAUGUCCUUCUGCUGUAGCAUUAGAAAUUUCAAGAGAUUUUGGCUUAGGGCCGGUCCCUGUCGGGCCUCCUUUGACAACAACUGGAAUGACUUGUAUUCGCUUAAAGUUAUCUAAACCAGAGAUAGCUACUAGUAUUGUCCUGAGACUAUAUAGGCCCAAAGAUAGUUCCAGUAUUGGAUUAACACAAAUUGCAGUCUUAGGCAAUACCAUAUUUGCGUCGCAAACAAAUAACUCGAGCAUUGCCACGAGUUCAAAUUGUAAUAGUUCAGCAUUGGCUUUUGAUCAUGCCAUUGAUGACGAUUCAUUUGCAAAGACAAGUGUAGGAUGGGUACGUAUUUUAUCACGGUGCUAUAGUGCAGCAUCUAUGGUGCCUAGUGAAUCUAAAUUGGCGGCUGAUGUUAUUGGAGCAUCCGCUGCUUAUCCCGGAUUUUUAGAUGCUUGUUGCUCGUUGAUGAAUAUUAUGCCUAUGAUCCCAAAUGCAGCGGUACAAAAUCUUGAAUGUGUAUUACUAAAAUUAGGAGCAUAUAGUCGGGAACUUUGUCUUUCGCUAAUACGGACUUUAUUAUGGGGAACUACUCCACAAAUAUAUAAACUUUCGAAUGAGAGUAUUUGCGACUUGUUGUAUGAACUGUGUACCAACAAAGAUGAAUAUGUGGUAGAUAAAAUUCUGGUUCUUUUAGAAUGGAUUGAAAAAUUAAAAAUGAACUACAGUAGUAAUAACAGUGGGCGGUGUAAUAAUCCUCAGAGCGGUUUCGUAAAGUGUAUUGCCUCUAUUCUUUGGUAUGUUUAUGCAGAGAAUUAUGUCGUUAAUUUUGCUGAGCACAUUUCUCAAAAUGUGUUUGAUGCUUGCAUGCAUUGGAUUGAUAGGCUAGAGCACGAAGAGCCAUUGAAAAUUGCAUUCGAUUCAUUACUAUGUUCACUUUCCUAUAUUCAACCCAAAUUUUUCACUCAUCUGUUGACAAGGCUUAAUGUCACCUUAGCACAAUCUGACCUCGAUUUAGACAUGUCGGGAGACAGAAACGAUGAAUGUGGUUUGACAGAUGACAAUAAAGAGGUUAGCGGAAGAGUUUGGUAUGCGAAUGUGGCUGCAGAUAACUUGACAACAUUAUUUGGACGUCCUACAUAUUUAGCAACCAUUGCUAUGGCAUGUCAAUCCCCAAAUGCCGUUUUUCUAUUAGUUGAUUCUGGUCUUCCCAAACUAUUAGCAUAUGCCUUAUACGAGUAUUGUUCUUCUCUGCUCACGGAAGAAAGUGUGCACCAAACAUUUAAAUACGACCAAAUGCAAUUUACGACACAGCGUACUUCGUCGAAUGCUACGACAUCCUCUUCUUGUAUGACUGAUGCAGACAAAGUAGCUGGGGAUCAAAUGGAUGUUACACAAACAGAUAGUAACAUGGAAUCUAAUAAGUCACAACUGAUGACAUUUGAUCUAGUAUCAAAAAUACUUGAUUUCUUUUCUGAGUGCUGUUCGGAGGGACAUAUGCGUGACUGGUUGGGUACUCAACAAGGCUCUAUAUUUUGGAAACCGUUGUUAAAACUUCUUUGUAAUCACCGACCUAUAAAUUUCGUUCCGACUACGCCAAUCAUUAGUAGAGAGCCAACGCAACAAGCAUUUAUACGUGUAGAACGUGCUACAAUAAAUUUCUUUGCGAGAGUCACCGCCUGUCAUCCCAAUAAUCAAAAUAUAUUAACAAUGCUAUUAAUUGAAGUCAUAAGAGAACCAUCCGUAUCGCUAGGACUUAAUGUAAUGGAGACCAGUUCAAAACAAACCAUUUCUGGAUUUACUCGCCAACUUGUUCUACAAUUGCUGCUAGAAAAUGAGCGCAUUCAGAUUUCUGUACGCAGCAAACAACCACUACAGAAAAAAGAUCCAUUCACACCGUUUUUACCAAUGACUGCGAAUAUCCCAUCCACAACAUUACCCAAUAAUUUUACUUCACCAAGCAGCGUUUCAAUGUCAUUGGUCAAUCAUCAUCCAGCAAAACGUAUUAGCAAUCAUCAUUUGCUUUUCUCCGUUAGCGCGAAUACGAAAUGCCAAGAAAUUAUUCAGAAUUGCCUAUCGGAAAUCCGACCAAUCGACGGCAGUUGUAAUGUAGCAAACGCUACACAUUGUGACUUGCUUAAACAUGACGAUGCAGAUAAAAAUCAGAAUGAUCCUUACAAAGAUAUCUCAAUUAAUUUCAAUGGAUUGGAAAAUGGCAUGGAGUUUUUGAGUGUGGCAGCUGGAGUAACAGCCAAAGAUAAACGCAUUAAAGAUGCUAAGAAUCAAGUUGCGGCCGCCAGUAAGGAUAACAAAGAUAUAAUAUCCAAUUUUUCAAAGCUUGUUACAUUUGAGGAUUUCCUCACACAACCGAAUUCAUCAUCGAGUGUGGCGAAUUCUGGUGGACAAUUGUUUCUUCGAGAUUAUCCUGAUAUAUAUAUUAGUGGUGAUACUACAAUUUCGCAGUUGUUGGCCACUCUACAAAAGAAAGGACAUUCCUUAUCCAACCCAUGCAUCAUUCUUGAUAUGGUGACUGGCAAGGGGGCCAAUUUGGACAUUCUAGAUGAGACUUCUUAUAUAAAGACGUCGUCUGUAGAGCCUUUGCCAUCACCCUUGCAGCGUUUCUCCACUAGAGGUGGCCUAUCCUUAUUAGCUCAGUAUUUGCCAACCGUUUAUCCAGAUAUUAGUUCACGUAAACACCAAAAUACGGCCCCAGAGAAGGAAAAAAGUCCACCAAUGAAUGAUUGGGUUAAACUGGAACCAAAUGAUGAUAUCUACGAGGACCUUGAGGAUCCUUUGUCUGAGCCAACUGCCAAACAAGCCACUAUAACUUCAGUGCCCCAACAUUCACUUGCCGCAUUUGGACUCUUCUUACGUCUACCCGCCUAUUCAGAUGUUCUCUUACGAGACAAGUUGAGAGCGCAGUGUCUUCUUCGACUUGUAUUGGGAGUAACGGGAGAUGGAGAAGGAAAUGACAUUUAUAGUCUGUCACUGGCGCCUUCAUUGCCGACAUUGCCGUUUGAAGUUUUCCGACAACUGUUAGAUAGUUCACCCUUGACCACGGAUGACGGCAUGCUCCUAAGGCGCAUGGUAAUUGAAGUUGGAGCAAUGCAUUUAGUUUUGAAUUGUUUAAGUAUAUUUACGCAUCAUUCGCCUAUAUACCCAUUAAGCCAUUCUCAAAACGAGAUCUCAAAUAGUGGAGCGAAAACUUCACUGAAUAUUAUUGAGGAUUCUUCUCUACCCACAUCAGACGACAAAGGUCACAUGUAUUGGGCAAAAGGCACUGGAUUUGGUACAGGAUCGACAACACAGUCGUGGAAUGUUGAACAGGCUUUAUUACGUCAAAAAAGCGAAGAAGAACAUGUAACAGUUCUACUGCAGGUUCUUGCAAGUUAUAUUAAUCCGGGUGAUUAUAUUCCAACUGACGAUGAAAUGCCAUAUCAUGAAAUUGCUGAUCUAUCGGACGAACUCCCAAGUGAGUUUUCAUCACUGCUUAAACAGUCGUGUCUCAUUCCAGCGCUCAGUUCCUAUUUGCGAAAUGAUUCCGUACUCGAUAUAACCCGACACAUUCCUCUUUAUCGUGCCAUACUUCAGCUAUUGAGAGCAAUAUCACUUUCGCACGAACUGGUUUCAUUGCUUCAGCCUCAGAAUUCAGGCGAAAGUUCACCAUCCAUAGCGGAACUAUUAUCGAAUAUGAGGACUUGUGUUGACACGUAUGCAAAGCGCUUAAAAUUAAAUAAGAAAUCGAACAUCAAAGGACAAACUCAACAGGUGACUGUUAAUCUUGAUGAUGGAGACGAUGAGGGUUUGGCACUUCUUAUACCCGAUAUUCAAGAGACGACUGUUUUAGUUCAGAAAACCACAAAAAGGACAGAUCAGCAGUUACAAAAUCAAUUGUCAUUAACUAAUGAAGCGGGUAUUAACAAUGACAUUGAACGAAUACCACAGAGUAAAUCUAUUGAGGAACGCUACUUAGAAGUAAUGAAAAAAUUACAAUUUGAUACAUUUGAUAUGAUUGUCGAAGCUGAAAACAAUGGAUAUCGUUUCGUUGUUUCGCACCAUUUUGAGAAAAUGGUUCGAAUGGCUGGAGAUCGUUAUCACCCUUCGCGAGUCAAGCGAUUGGCCCAAGAGGCGGUGACUCUUUCUACAAGUUUGCCUCUGUCUUAUAGCAGUUCCGUUUUCGUUCGCUGUGAUACAGAUCGUCUUGAUGUUAUGAAAGUGCUUAUAACGGGACCUGCGGACACGCCAUACGCUAAUGGAUGCUUUGAAUUUGACGUCUUCUUCCCACCAGAUUAUCCAAAUUUGCCAAUGCUUAUUAAUCUUGAAACAACAGGCCGUCAUUCUGUACGCUUCAACCCUAAUCUUUACAAUGAUGGCAAAGUUUGUUUAUCCGUUCUAAAUACAUGGCACGGUCGUCCAGAAGAAAAGUGGAAUGCUCAAACUUCUAGUUUUCUCCAAGUGCUUGUUUCAAUACAAUCACUGAUUCUUGUUCCUGAGCCAUAUUUUAAUGAGCCAGGAUUUGAGCGCAGUCGGGGUACACCGAGCGGGACACAUUCGUCACGUGAAUACAAUAGCAAUAUCUAUCAAGCCUGUGUGCGUUGGGCUAUGUUGGAACAAAUACGUAAUCCUAGUCCUUGUUUUAAAGAUGUUAUACAUACACAUUUUUGGCUUAAACGAAAUGAAAUUUGCGCCCAAAUAGAAAACUGGAUUGAAGAGCUUUGUAAGACUCAGUAUAAUGAACGCAGCAGUCGAACAAUUUCAUUUAAUUCAAUGGUUUUAAGACGUCAAUAUCGCCACCUACGCGAAGAACUGGCCAAACUUAAAGUCCCAGAGGGAUUAAGUGAUUUGGAUGCUCCAUUUAAUCCUAACGUCACCUUACCGGUAAUGAAUGAAAGUAGCAACACAAAUAACAACAGCGGCACAAUUUCAGUAACGAAAACUAAUUCUGAAACGACUACUGCCGUUAAUACAAUUGCAACAGCCACAAUAGCUGGAUCCAAUGGCAAUGUGGCAACGGAAUCGACUCAAUUGCCUGGUGCAUUCGGAAGUAUAUCUUCGGAAACCAAUGUUCACACAGAAAAAGAUGUGCAGUCCUUAAAUACUACGCAUUUAGCACCCCUAGAGAUUAAUACUAAUCAGCCCUUCAUUAAUUGCACCAUUGAAGAUGACAACGAUGGAUCACCAGUUAUUCUUCCACAGGCGACAAUACCGCCAACUGUCAACGCUAAAAUAGUCACCGUCGAUGAACCAACGUUAUCAAACAAUAAUGAAGGUGGCGAAGGUGACGAGGAAGAUGCAGACGAUAUAAUAGCGACGGAAGGCGACGAAUUGGACGUCAGUGACUACAAAUGUAACACCGUUGAUGAACUAAUGGAGCAAUUAUUUUUUGAUAGUUCCGAAAAUGCUAUGCAUUACGACGAUUAAAAUAAAACAUAGACCUGUAUAUUAUAAUUUCUGCCUUCUUUUUCGUGCUUCAACAAUGUUAAGGAACCAGAUUCAUACAAAACACACGUAUUAAUUCAUACUGUUGCUCUUAGGUUUUUUGUGUGCGCGUUUUUUUAAUUAUAUUUAAUUUUUUGUAUGGAAAAAAAUAAUGUUGCAACAAUAUGCAUAAUUUAAAAUAAAAAUACAAAUAUAUAAAACAAGAACUAAAAUGUGAAUUAUAAUAAUUGACCGAAGAUGGUAUGAUUAAGAUAAAUAAAAUAGAGUUUUCCAUCAA